UCUGGGCAGCCUAUCCGUGUACAGCUAUGAGAUAACUGGUGAAAUGCCUUUUUUUUUUUUAAAUACUUGUGUUGGUAGAUGGCGGGUGAAAAAACGGAGAAGCCAGACACCAAGGAGAAAAAACCUGAAGCCAAGAAGGCUGAUGCUGGCGGCAAGGUUAAAAAGGCUAAGAAGGUAAAGAAGGUUAAGAAGGGGAGGCCCCAUUGCAGCCGCAACCCUGUCCUGGUCAGAGGAAUUGGCCGAUAUUCCCGAUCGGCUAUGUAUUCCAGAAAGGCCUUGUACAAGAGGAAGUAUUCAGCAGCUAAAUCCAAGGUUGAAAAGAAAAAGAAGGUGAGGGUUCUUGCUACUGUCACAAAACCAGUUGGUGGUGACAAGAAUGGUGGUACCCGAGUGGUCAAGCUUCGCAAAAUGCCUAGAUAUUAUCCUACUGAAGAUGUGCCUCGAAAGCUGUUGAGCCAUGGCAAGAAACCCUUCAGUAAGCACGUGAGGAAACUGCGCGCCAGCAUCACUCCGGGGACCAUUCUCAUCAUCCUCACUGGGCGUCACAGAGGCAAGAGGGUCAUUUUCCUGAAGCAGCUGAGCAGUGGUUUGCUUCUUGUGACUGGUAAGAAAAUCCUUGGUCCCCCUGCCCCUUUCAGUUUUGUAAUUGGCACGUACAGCACUCUCAUAAGUUGUAAGGUUUACAACAUGACGGUUAAAUACGAGAUUACAGAGCAGCGCAAGGCUGAUCAGAAAGCUGUGGACUCACAAAUUCUGCGAAGAAUCAAAGCUGUCCCUCAGCUCCAGGGCUACCUCCGCUCUGUGUUUGCUCUCACAAAUGGAAUUUAUCCUCACAAAUUGGUGUUCUAAACUUACUACAGAGAAC